AAACGCAGUGAAUUUCUUCAUUUCAAGGGGCUCAUGUACAUUUCACUUGCCUCUCACUUAAGUUUUAAGUGACCGAAUCAAUAAACACUAGCUCAUCACUUGAGUUUUAAGUGACCGGCAUUGAAUGUCUUCGAUGCUCACUUGAAAUCCACUUGACCGGUCACUUAAGCCAAUAUUCACUUGCCGCUCACUUAAAAUUCAAGUGAUUUUUUGCAUAGCGAAUGUCAACAAUGUCAGUAUUGAUUGUUUCAUUGUUGUUUGGAAAAGAAACAACAGAGGUUUGUUUGAGUUGGUAGAUGCAGAAUUAAAGUAAUUUAUAUGUUAUUAAACAAUGAUAUUUUCCAUAGGUCGACCGACAGAAACAUCGUGUGAACCAGUUAACACGUCACAGAGACCCUUUUUAAAGCAAUCAGGUUUCGGAUACGUUUUCCGAUGAUGAUUUAUUUUGGAAAUAUUCAAGUGCAAUUAAAAAAAGAUCAACCCGAAUGUCUCGUCAAAGUGAGGAAGUCAAUGAUUUUUCGAAGCCGAAAAAUCUUUUUGAAGAAGAAAAAGUGACGUUUUUUACGUUGUAUUUUUUAAUAAAUAAUUGUUUUGUAGAAACAAAGUUGAUUAAUGUUUGAUAUUCCGAAAUUUCACCUAAAAACCACUACAAUUGAAAGAUAUUAAUGACCUGAGCAAACAUUUGAAAUUGACUUUGCCAUUCACUUGAAAUUCACUUGAUCGCUCACUUAAGUGAUUUCACUUGACCGGUCACUUAAAAUUCACAUGAAUUUACGUAUGGCGCAAAUUCACUCCAGAUGUCACUUACCUUUAAAGUGAAAAUUAUUUUCGGUGCACUUUAUGCUGCUCUUCGUAAACAUGUUUACAUAAUUCUCAGGGCACGGGAAGUUCUAUCGUAAUUCCGCCGGCGGAGAGUUCCAAUCUGUGAUAAUUUAGCGUAUCUAGGUAGCGGCGAACGUUCCCAGUUCGAUCAAGUUUUAGCCAUGUUCCCAGGAUUAAGGUGUUUGAUUGUAAGCAAUGUGCUCCCUCAGUCUCGUCGUUUCCUUCCAUCAUCGCUGGAACGAGUUCAGAAACUACACGUUACCGGUCCAGUGCAAGCCGGUCAUUCCAAGUGGCAAAACAUACGACACAUCAAGGCGCUCAACGAUGGCCGUAAAUCGGUGCUGUUCAUCAAGCUGGCCCGGCAGAUUCGAAUGGCCAUUCAAGCGGGUGGUCCCAAUCCGGCAGUCAACUCCGCUCUGCGGGCAACCAUCGAUGAGGCGCUCAAGAAAAACAUGCCAAACUCAACAAUUCAGGGGAUUCUUAAGAAGAGUUCCAGCGCUGGUCAGUUGAAGAAAUUCACCAUUGAAAUGAAGGCCUUCGAACAGGUGAACAUGAUCUGCGUUCUGUACACCGAUCGCUUUACCCAAAUGAAGAUGGAUAUCGCUACGAUUCUUAGGAAACAUUUUUCAAAUUUUGCUGACGUUAAGCACCUAUUCGACGAGCAAGGCUACGUGGAAGCGAUCGCUCCUUUGGAAAACGCAAAGAACGAUCUGCUCUCCAGCUGCACCGAAGAUGCCAUCGAAGCUGGAGCAGAGGAUGUAGAAGUUAUGAACGAGGAGUCGCGAUUAGUUAGAUUCUUGUGCGAUCCAAAUGAAAUCGAUAAGGUAAAAACACAGCUGGAGAAGCUUAACUAUAGCAUCGAGCACAGCGAGCAUGCCUUUUUCCCGAAAAGCUACGUCAAACUGAACCCGGAUGCCCAGAGCGCGUACCAGAUUCUCAAAGAUAAACUAAAAACAAUCGAGGGUAUCGAGGACAUCUACGACAAUGUGGAGCCCGUUUUCUAAUCGUUGAACCGAAUGGGUUUUAUUCUAUUAUCGGUAACACUAAAUAAACUUAUCAAGUUGAAAAAUG